GUACGUGAGCCCGGCUUCAUAGGGCGCUCCACGAGGCACUGCAUUCGGCUAAUUGCGCAAAUGAAAAAGGAUUGCAGAUCCCUACGACCUCGAACCAGUGACCUAUCUCGCUGCGCUAACUUCUCCAAUACAGCGAAUCUACCACUUUGAAGCGGCGCUUGAGCGUGCGAGACUUAGGCAUGACGGUCAUUUCUUGGCCGUGGCGGGCGCGUCUAUACGAUGCUGCUCAGGUUAGGCUAGGAGGCGAUCUGUGCCGUCUUAAAGACUGCCGCUUGCCCCUGAAAACUGAGGCGGCACCUUUUUCUAUCGACUCCUCCCAAGCACGCGAGAUUUCGCUCAGCAGACAUGCAUGGCAAUAUAUAUCUAAGCGCCGCUGCGACGGCAGCAUUGCUUUUAUUCCGACCAUGUGCAGCUAGGGCUACAGUAGCACUGGCACCGCCGGUCUGCUCCAACGUUACCUCGGAGCAGACCUGGGAUUACAUCAUCGUGGGCUCGGGGGCUGGCGGCAUUCCCCUCGCGGACCGAUUAUCCGAGGCCGGACAUACGGUUCUUCUGCUUGAGAAAGGACCGCCGUCGACGGGUAUCUGGGGUGGUACCAUGAAGCCCAAGUGGCUCGAAAACGCGACAUUAACACGUUUCGAUGUCCCCGGACUCGCGAACGAGAUCUGGCAUAAUCCGAGCGGCGUCGUAUGUACCGACGUCGACCAGAUGGCCGGCUGCGUGCUCGGCGGUGGCGUCGCCGUUAACUCCGGCUUGUGGUGGAAGCCACAUCCGGAUGACUGGGACCAUAGCUGGCCGGAGGGUUGGCGGAGCUCGGAUGUAGCGGCUGCGACGAGUCGGGUGUUCGAGAGGAUACCUGGUACGACGCAUCCUAGUAUGGACGGCAAGCUAUACCUGCAGCAGGGCUUCCAGACGUUGACAAGUGGCCUUAAUGCCAGUGGUUGGGAGUUUAUCGUCCCGAAUGAACACCCCGAUCGCAAGAAUAGGACUUUCGGCCAUGCCACGCAUAUGUUUUCGAAUGGCGAGAGAGGUGGGCCGUUGGCUACGUAUUUGGUUGAUGCGAGUCAACGUAAGGAGUUUACCCUUUGGAUGAAUACGACGGCGAGGAGGGUUAUACGUGAGGGAGGUCAUGCGACGGGUGUUGAGAUCGAGUGUAGCAAGAAUGCUGCGGGACAUGCGGGUGUCGUCUCGGUUACUCCUGGAACCGGUCGCGUCAUCUUAUCCGCUGGCGCCUUUGGGACUGCGAAACUUCUUCUAAGAAGUGGUAUUGGGCCGAAGGAUCAAUUGAAUAUCGUGAAGAACUCGACAUCAGAUGCGAAGACCAUGAUAUCGGAGGACUCCUGGAUCAACCUCCCGGUCGGAUAUAAUCUGAUAGACCACGUCGGCACUGACAUCGAGGUUGCUCAUCCCGACGUCGUCUUCUAUGACUUCUACGCAGCAUACACUAAGCCGAUCCUAAGCGAUACCGAGAUAUACCUUCAAAACCGAACUGGUAUUCUUGCACAAGCAGCACCUAAUCUAGGCCCGAUCUUCUGGGAGAUCAUCCCGGGCGCGGAUGGCAUCGAUCGGCAUCUGCAUUGGCAGGCAAGAGUGGAAGGCAGCAAAAAUACAUCCAUGACGAUCACUCAAUAUCUCGGCACGGGAUCUACGUCGCGGGGUCGUAUGGUCAUCACACCCCAACUGAACACCCGUGUGUCGAUCCCCCCUUACGUCCGCGAAGCCAAUGAUAAGGCGGCUGUCAUUGAAGGUCUCGAAAGAGUUCGCAAAUAUUUUGAACCUAUCUCAAACCUAACAUGGGUUCGCCCUGCAUCUAAUCAGACUUCGGCGCAAUUCGUAGAUUCGAUCCCUGCGACGCCGGCCGUGCGAUGUUCGAACCACUGGAUCGGGACCGCGAAGAUCGGCCUAGAUGACGGCCGGGUGGUGAAUGGAACAUCGGUUGUCGACACAAACACCAAGGUUUACGGGACAGAUAACCUCUUCGUCGUCGACGCUUCGAUAUUCCCUGGUAUGAUGACCGGGAACCCAUCCGCCAUGAUCGUAACUGCUGCUGAGCAUGCGGCCAAGAAGAUAUUGGCACUCGCUCCUCCAAAAGCAAUUGCAGCAAACUGAGCGAUGGCACGAAUACAA